AUGGACCAGGAGACAAGCCCUCUACUCCUCCUCACCUGGCUGCCAGUUGCUCUGCUUCGUGAAGAAGACGCACGAGUACCGCGUGCCCUCGAAGGGCGCGAUCCAGUGCUCGAGGACUGCAGAGCGGAACAGGACAACAUCCCCUGGCUGGAAGGGAAUCCUAUAGCCAAGGGCUGGCAGGCACAGCUCCCCUCCCUCAAACUGAGUAUCAGAGCGAGAGUGUUGCCUCGAAAUAUUCCAAAGGCUAGUCUGGCAUUCGAGCUAGGGUUAGCAUAG